CUGCACUCCAGUCUCCAUACUUUCAUACGUCUACAUUGCCUAUACCAUGCACCCUCCACCUCAAGUCCAGACAUCUUCUUCUUCUGUCAAAAUACUCUUCUAACCCUGAGCUACCUGCCUCUGUCCACUUGUAGAGUCUUGGGACUCUGUUUCCUGCCACUAUGGAGACCUCCGAUAUCCUUGCUCAACCACCUCCUCCCUCGAUACCAGAAGCGUCUGAGCCUCCUGUUACACCGUUCGAGCCGGCUUCUACUUCCAAAAUGUCCACUGUCGCCAACGGCGCUACCCACUCCGAUAGCGGUAGUGACCUGUCGGACCCUGCCGAGCCUGUCGCUGCCGCCGCCUCGCCGUCACAAACCGAAGUCGACGACGACCACCAACGAUUUUCGGAACAGAACGAUUCUACCCCUUCUGAACCUCCUGCUGGACUCGAUGAGGAUGAUGAAAUGGACACAUCGAUACAAGUACCCAGAACCACAUCCGAGCUCGAACCCUCCGACCACUCUUCAUCCGACGAAUCUAUCCGUCCUGCAAAGAGGAAAGCACCACAGGCAGAAGAGGAUGAUUACAUUCGGAGCAAUCCAGAGAUGUAUGGUCUGAGGCGAAGUGGACGUGCCAGAGCAGUCCCCAACAUGGCCGAGUCCUCUGGCGAACAAGAUUCCGACUCCGACAUCGCUCCCAGACCUCGCAAACGCCUGAGAGCUGGCACCUCUCGUCGUUCCUCAAACCAGCCUACUCCAGUCGUCGAGUCCCCUUCAGCUUCCGAUGGUGACUCUGAUGCCUAUGGUGGACGCAGGGCCAGGCUCAGUAAAAAACAACGUCGGAGAUUACUGCAGUCUGCCGAGAGCCUGACACCCGCCCAUGCCGAGGUCAGAUUCUCAACUCGCAAAGCUGCAAAAGUGUCUACCUACAACGAAGAUGACGACGACGACAUGUUUGACGACAAUGACCCAGACACACUGACCCCAAGCUACUGGGCUAACGGUGUAGAAGACAACUCUCCCGCCAUUGACAUUGUCCUCAACCACCGUCUCAAGCCAGAUGUCACCACCGAGAAUCCUUCCAAAGAUGAUUACGAAUUCUUAAUCAAGUGGCAACAGAAGGCUUACUAUCAUGCCACAUGGGAAACCAGUGAGAGCCUCAUUGGCGUCAAAAGCGUUCGCCGGCUCGAGAACUAUAUCAGAAAGACCUUACUUACCGAUAUCCACGUGCUCACCGACAAAACCAUUGCCCCUGAAGACAGGGAAAAAUGGAUUCUUGACCGUGAGCAGUAUGCCGAUACCCUCGACGACUACAAAAAGGUUGAACGAGUCAUUGGUGAUCGUGAUGGCGAAGAAGGCAUCGAGUACUAUGUCAAGUGGAAAGGCCUCUUCUACGAUCAAGCCACCUGGGAGUCCUCGGCCCUCGUCAGUGAGAUUGCCCAGAACGAGAUUGAUCGCUAUAUCAAUCGCCGGAGGGAAGACUUCAAGUCUGAUACCACCGAAAGCAAUCUUGCUUCACGCUCAGCCUUCCAGCCUGUUCGGGAGCAACCGUCUUAUAUCCAAAAUGGCACUUUGAGAGACUUCCAAAUGACUGGUCUCAACUUCCUGGCUUAUAAUUGGGUCAAAGGCAAGAAUGUCGUUCUUGCAGACGAAAUGGGUUUGGGCAAGACUGUCCAGACUGUUGCUUUUCUGUCUUGGCUCAGACAUAACCGUGGCCAGCAAGGACCGUUUCUCGUUGCCGUCCCCCUUUCUACCAUGCCUGCCUGGGCUGAUACGUUUGACAUGUGGGCCCCAGACCUGAACUAUGUCAUCUACAAUGGCAACCAGACCGCACGGAAUAUCAUCAAAGAUUACGAGCUCUUGCCUGAUGGCAACACCCGUCAUCCUCGCUUCCACGUUUUGCUCACCACAUACGAAUAUGUUCUUCAUGAUGCUGCCUUCUUGAGUCAAAUCAAAUGGCAGUUCAUGGCAGUGGACGAGGCCCAUCGUCUCAAGAAUCGGGACUCUCAGCUCUACGAUCGUCUUCGAGAAUUCAAGGCUCCUGCUCGACUGCUCAUUACCGGCACUCCAGUCCAGAACAACCUCGGCGAGCUCUCGGCGCUGUUCGAUUUCCUCAACCCUGGUGUCGUCAACAUUGAUGAGAACAUGGACUUGACGAAUGAAGAAGCCAGCGCCAAGAUCUCUCAGCUCACAGAAGAUAUCAAGCCAUUUAUGCUACGGCGAACGAAGCAGAAGGUGGAGAAAGAUUUACCACCCAAGUCGGAAAAGAUCAUCCGCGUUGAGUUGUCAGAUAUCCAGCUCGAAUACUACAAAAAUAUCCUGACAAAGAACUAUGCCGCUCUCAACCAGGGCGCCAAAGGCCAGAAACAGUCUCUGCUCAACAUCAUGAUGGAACUGAAGAAAGCUAGCAACCAUCCAUUCAUGUUUCCAAGUGCUGAGGAACGUCUGGUUCCUGAAGGCGCGCGACGUGAGGAAGUGCUACGCGCACUCGUCACAAGCAGCGGCAAGAUGAUGCUGCUUGAUCAGCUACUCACCAAGCUGAAGCGCGAUGGCCACCGUGUGUUGAUCUUUUCUCAAAUGGUCAAAAUGCUCGACAUUCUCGGAGAUUAUAUGGAAUAUCGGGGUCAUGCUUACCAGCGAUUAGACGGUACGAUUGCCGCCGCACCUCGACGUAUCGCCAUUGAUCAUUUCAAUGCCCCUGACAGCACCGACUUCUGCUUUUUGCUAUCAACUCGUGCCGGUGGUUUGGGCAUCAACCUCAUGACCGCCGAUACCGUCAUCAUUUUUGAUUCUGACUGGAAUCCCCAAGCUGACCUCCAAGCAAUGGCACGUGCUCACAGAAUUGGUCAGGUCAAGCCAGUCAGCGUCUACCGUUUGGUGUCCAAGGAGACUGUCGAAGAGGAAAUCCUAGAACGUGCGAGAAACAAGCUGAUGUUGGAAUUUUUGACCAUUCAACGAGGUGUCACAGAUAAGGAAACUCAAGCCCGUCGAAAUGCGCUGGUCGGCGAACCUGGAUCAUCCAGUGAGAUUUCUCGAAUUCUAAAAAAAAGAGGACAGAAAAUGUUCGAACAAACUGGUAACCAGAAAAAAUUGGAAGAACUUGACCUAGAUGCCAUGCUUAACAACGCCGAGGAUUACAAAGUUGAGCAGCCAGACGGCACUGAUGCCGACGGUGGUGAAGACUUUCUGCGAUCCUUUGACUUUGUCGACGUCAAAGUGGAUGAACUCUCCUGGGAAGAUAUUAUUCCUAAGGAACAACUGGAGAAUAUUAAGGCCGAGGAGCAGCGGAAGGCCGACGAAAAGUACCUCGAAGAAGUUAUCGAACAAAACAAACCUCGCGUGCGAAACCACCAGACCGACGAUCGAGACGCCCGCAAAACUAGACGCCAAGAGCAGCGCCAGAAGGAGGUUGAUUCUGAUAGUGACUCCGAAGAGGGCGGCCCCAAGUCUGACCCGUCAAGACCUUUGAGUGAGCGAGAAUACCGUUACCUCAUCAAAGGUCAUCUUCGGUACGGCUCAAUCGAUGACAGAACCGAGGAGUUCUUGACAGAGGCUCGCCUCCGAGGCAGAGAUAUGGAAGUCGUCAAAGCCGCCAUGAAUGAGGUCUGGGACGAAUCUCUCCGGCUAUUUAAACAGGAACAGCAACGCAUGGAAGAUUUGGAACGCAGCGCAAAUCGCCCGCUGACCAAGAAGGACAAGAAAGCUGUCCUGUUCGAACUUCAUGGUGUAAAACGUAUUAACGCCGAAACUAUCCUCGAAAGACCUGCUGAGAUGCGUUUACUGCAAGAGGUGACAUCUAAAGACCCUGAUUUCAAAUCCUUCCGGAUCGCCGAAGCCACAAAACAUGCAGGCUAUACCUGCGCCUGGGGCGCAAGAGAAGAUGGGAUGCUUUGCGUGGGAAUCUCACGUCAUGGCUAUGGUGCUUGGGAAAAGAUCAGAGACGAUCCUGAUCUUGGUCUUCAUGAUAAAUUCUUUUUAGAGGAGCAUCGUGUCGACAAGAAAGCGGAGAGAGAGCGGUUGGAUGCAAAGAAUGCCAAAUCCCCUGGAGCAGUCCAUCUUGUUCGACGAGCUGACUAUCUGCUCUCCGUGCUUAAAAGCAAGUAUGCUGAUGACCCUGCAGCCAAGAGAGCUGUGGAAAAUCAUCAUCGGAACAACAAGAAGCUUGACAAGGUCCGUCACAACGACUCCCCUGCUCCACGAAAGGAUCGCCGUGAGUCCGACAAACACCGCCGGCCUGCGAGCCAACCUCAUCGCGAAAGUUCAGAGAGAUAUGGUACCCCACGAUCAGAGCUACGACACCCACAGCGGGAUAGGGAAUCCGAUAACAGAGACCAUCGUCGGCAUCGUGAUGAUCAUGGCCCACAUAACCGCCAUGGUAGCGAUCACAGGCGCAGUGAGGCGGCCACCAAUGGAAGUGCGGCUGAGGUCGAUCCUUUAAUGGUGAUGAUAUUCAAGCCGGUCCGUGAAAGCCUUCGAAAGAUCAAGGCUACGACCAAGAGCGCGAUACCUGAUGGGCAACAACGAGCCAACGAGUUGAGAGUCCUAUUGAAGCAAAUUGGAAACUUUAUCACCGAGCAAGUGACCGAGUUGGAGGAGCCUAAUGAGUCGGUGGAGAAGCGAUUCUGGGACUACGCCGCGACCUACUGGCCGAACAAAGGAAUCAAGGGGUCUGAGUUGCAAACCAUUCACGGCAAAAUCGUUGCCUCAGAUAAGAAGCUUGCUGGAGAAGGUUCCCCAAACGAUGACUCGAGCAAUGUCGAUGGCCGGGCCAACGGCUCCUAUCGCACUUCACCGCCUCAUUAGACGUGUGAGAGUAUGCUAGCGACACUGAGCCAAUGCACUUGAAUGCCCAUCAGAAGCAUACAAAUCAUGCGGUCGUGGCUGAUGACAUUGGUGAUACAUUCCAGAGAUGUAUGUUGAUGAAACAUAUCGAUAUUUUUUUUCCCACAUGAUGCAUAGACUUGAAAAGUUAAGCGACUACAAAACGCCGCUCAGCAGUUCGAACGGUGGAGGCUGCAGCAAUACUACAAUUAACUACCAUUUAACUGAGAUCAAUGACCACGAAAAGUACAGGGGGUUGCAGCUAGCUUGGAAAUUCUGGGCAGCGGCAUGGGCUUCAAGUGCCGAAACGUCUACGAAACCAUGACCAUGCCAGCUCAAGAGGGUAGAGCAUUAUCGACGUAGCGCAAGAGAGGGCUUCGUGGCCGCGCCCCUGCACUCGUGUCGAUGGAUAUUGAAUCAGCCGACUCGAUGCCUCGGCAGCGACGGGGACUGCUGUUCGCCUUCAUCACCUCGAGCACUGGCAGAUUUUUGUGUUUCUCAAGUUCGACACGGGCAUUUGAGCAUUGAGGUUUUUGUUUGAGUAUGGGACAGGAUUGGGUGAUAUGGGCAGGCUCCUCAAAAGUGCAAGACAACCACGGAAAGACGUGAUGGCCAUGUCAAGAUGUUUUUAAGUUAGUAUGCCGCAGGGGUUGUUAGCAUUGUUAGAGGGGCUGAUCGACUUCUGGGUAGAUGGGGAGAUGGGGUUGGCAACGUCGUGAUGGUGAACGGGCUCAUUUGACACAUGAAGCCAUAUUAUUUCUGUAAGAGCGUGCGGAGGACUUGAGUCGCACACGCUGCAUCGGUGGAGAAUGUUGAGACGAGACGCUCGAAUGGAUCUGUGGCGUGGAGCAAUCAAAGCCCAAUGGAUAUUUUCGGACAACUUGCGGCGUGGAGAUGAUGAGUGCACGAUCCAGGUAGACAGUUGGUAGUAUCACCAGAGACAAUCAAUUAUAGUAG